AUGUCGCGACCCCACCCAACCCAAGCAGCCUCAGUGGCCAUCUUCUGCCCGCAAAGCAAGGCGCCAGACCAGGCAUACCUAGACCAGCUACGCGACUUCUACACUCGCCACGCCCAGUUGCGCAAGCUCGCAGACGACUUGCAGCGGCUGAGCGAGACGUGGGACGUGCUCGCUGCCCGCAAACAGGAUAUUGCCGCGCUGCACCAAGGACCACAAUAUCUCCGCGCGCUGGACAGGUGGGUGGAGACGGGUGAGUCGGGGCCGGUGGCAAAUGCUAUGUCGGGAAUCUUGUCGCUGCCGCUGCUUGUCGUCAUCCAGACGUGUCAGUAUUUCCAGUACCUGCAGCUGACGGGCUUGUCACAUGCCGAGUUCUUGCGCGGGCUCGAGGUGGGAGGCGCACAGGGGUACUGCGGGGGGCUCUUGCCUGCUAUUGCUGUUGCGUGUGCCAAAGACGAGGAAGAAGUGGUGCGGAUGGCAGGGAUUGCCAUGCGUAUCGCUCUUGCGGUGGGUGCGUAUGGAGAGUUGGGUGAUGACGAGAACCUGCCUGGCCCAACGACGAUUGUGCUUCGUCUUCGAUACGAGGGACAGGGUGAUGAUAUAGCGAGGCGAUUUCCGGGGUCGUACGUGUCUGCCAUCACUGACCCCAAGACCAUCAGUAUUGUUGGCUCUGUCCCCACGCUCGAGAAGGUGAUUGCGUACGCUCGGGAGCUAGGCUUGCAGGCCCAAGGAAUGCAUCUCAGGGGAAAGGUGCACAAUCCGGAGAAUGCGGAGCUGGCGCAAGAGCUGUGUGAAUUAUGUGAUGGACUCGACAGUCUUACGCUGCCGUCCUGUGAGGCACUGCAGGUCCCUGUUUACUCUAAUAUUACUGGCAGGCAACUGCAGGAUUGCUCUCUCACACACGAGGCCGUUCUCACUAUCCUGGCAUCGCGGUGCGAGUGGUGGACGCUGCUCAAUGAACUGGCAUCUGCGCUCAAGUCGACAGGCGAGCAGUCGCACACGUUUGCCAUGUUUGGCAUUGGUGAUUGCGUGCCACUGAUGCCUUUCCACCAGGCAAAACUCAAGAUCUCCAAGAUCGACAUUCAUCGUACUAUCCGGGAAGCAGAGCUAAGGGAUUACACUUUUCCUGAAGACGCGAUCGCAAUUGUCGGCGCUGCAUGUCGGCUGCCCGGUGCCAAUAACCUGGAAGAGCUAUGGGAGCUCAUAGCAGGCGGUGUCUCCAAAGCAGAGGAGAUUCGACCAGAUCGUAUACCGUUAAGUGCGAGCUUCAGAGCAUCGCAAGACGAGAAGUUCACAAGCCGGCGGAAGUUUUUUGGGAAUUUUGUCGAAGAAGUAGAUGGCUUCGACCACACCUUCUUCCGCACGAACCCGAAGGAGGCGGCGUACAUGGAUCCGCAGCAGCGCAUCUUGCUCGAACUGGCGUACGAGGCGAUGGACUCGAGCGGAUAUCUGCGAUCCCAUAAGCGUGAGGAUGGGGACAACAUUGGUUGUUUCAUUGGCGCUUCUUUCAACGAAUACCUCGACAACACUUCAGCGCAUGCUCCCACGGCGUACACGUCGACUGGCACCAUCAGGGCAUUCCUCUGCGGCAAGAUCAGCUACUACUUUGGAUGGAGUGGUCCGGCCGAAGUCAUUGACACGGCGUGCUCGGCGUCGCUUGUGGCCAUCAAUCGCGGCUGCCGGGCUAUCAUGAGUGGGGAGUGCACGCAGGCGCUGGCAGGGGGCGUCAACAUCAUGUCUGGCAUCAACAACUACAUGGACCUGGGCAAGGCCGGAUUCCUCAGCCCGACGGGACAGUGCAAGCCGUUUGACCAGGAUGCCGACGGGUACUGUCGCGCAGACGGGGCGGGGUUGGUGGUGUUAAAGUCGCUGCGGCACGCGCGAGCUGAUGGCGACAAUAUCCUUGGCGUGAUUCCUGGGGUGGCGACCAAUCAAGGCGGGCUCUCGGCGUCUAUCACGGUGCCCCACUCGCCAGCACAGAUGACGCUGUACCGACGCAUCCUCAAGCAGGCAGGGAUGAAGGCGGAACAGGUGUCGUACGUUGAGUGUCACGGCACCGGCACGCAGGCCGGCGACCCGCUGGAGAUGGCGUCGGUGCGCGAGGUGUUUUGCAGCAGCGACCGCCGGGGGACGCUGCAUGUGGGCUCGCUCAAAGGCAACAUCGGACACUGCGAGACGGCAGCUGGCGUGGCAUCGCUGCUCAAGGUGCUGGCUAUGCUGCAGAAGCAGCGCAUCCCCCCGCUGGCCAGCUUCCGGACGCUGAACCGCAAGAUCCCGGCACUGGCGUCAGACAAGAUUGCCGUGGCCAAGCAGGUGGAGGCGUGGGACGCGCCGCUGCGGGCGGCGUGUGUGAACAGUUACGGCGCCGCGGGCAGCAACUCUGCGCUGCUGUGUGUGGAGAUGAAGCAGCCCACCCGCAAUCGGCCAACCAGCGCCGCCUGGCCGAUUGUGGUGAGCGCAGCCAGCCGCGACAGCCUGGCGCACUACUGCCACGAUCUGGACGCAUACCUAUGCAAGAACGGAAGCGUCGCGCUCGGCGACCUGAGCUUCACGCUCGCAGAGCGGCGGCAGCGCCACCGGGUGCAGCUCGUGACGACGGCGGCCGACGUGGAUAGUCUUCGUGCCGCGCUGACUAACGGGCAGCGCGAGGCAAGUACGGUCGAGGUCGAGGCAGCCGCGAAGGCAGCCGCGACCGCGGCGGCCCGCUCCGUCGUGCUAGCGUUUGGCGGGCAGAGCAAGCAGACGGUGGCGCUGGACCGCGAGCUGUACGCGAGCAGCCCGCGUCUGCGCACGUAUCUCGCGACGUGCGACGCGUUGCUCGUCGAGAUGGGCUGUGCGAGCAUUCUGCCCGCCGUCUUCGCCGUGGAGCCGAUCGCCGACAUCGUCGUGCUGCAGACGGCGACGUUUGCCGUGCAGUACGCGUGUGCACAGUGCUGGGAAGAUGCCGGUGUACGCGUGGCGGCCGUGGUCGGCCACAGCUUUGGCGAGCUCACCGCGCUCGCCUUCUCGGGCGCCAUCAGCCUGCGCAGCGGCCUGAAGCUUGUGGCCGCGCGGGCGCAGCUCAUGGCGACGCGCUGGGGCCCCGAGCGUGGCACUAUGCUCGCCGUUCACGCCGCCCGCGACGUCGUCGAGCAGCUUGCCGGCCGCGUCGGCGAGCUUGAGGUGGCCUGCUACAACGCUGAGACCAGCCAGGUCGUCGUGGGGUCGGCCGUUGCCAUUGAGCGCGCCGAGGCGAUGCUGGCCAGCGACAAGCAGUUCGCCGGCGUGCGCAGCCAGCGCGUCGACGUCUCGCACGGCUUCCACUCGCGCUUCACCGACCCGCUGCUGGGCGAGCUGGCUGACGUCGCCGCGUCGCUGGCUUUCAGCAAGCCCCGAGUCGCGCUGGAGAUGUGUGUGCCCGACAAGGCCACCACGCAGCCCCUCGGCCCGUGGCGCGUCGCCGAGCACACGCGCGCGCCCGUCUACUUUGUUGAUGCCGUCCGUCGCAUUGAGCGCCGCCUGGGCACCAGCUGCCUGUGGCUGGAGGCCGGCACAGACGCGCCCAUCAUCGCCAUGGCCAAGCGCGCCGUGGCCCAGCCUGCCAACCAUGUCUUCGUCCCCGUGCGCCGUCUGGCCGAUGCCACCACCGCUCUGUGGCGCGAAGGACUCGAUGUCACCUUCUGGCCGUGUCUUGGCGGCCCGGCCGAGUCCGGCCUUCGUCACGUGUACCUCCCGCCCUACCACUUCGUCCGCGCCUCUGCCUGGGUGGCCAACAUCGAUCGUGCUCGCGAAGCCGAAGCCGCCGCCAGAGCUGCAGCCGACGCGCACGUCGAGCGAGAUGUGAAAUCCACGCUCCAGCCCGCGAAGCUCCCGUCGCUGCUCGUCACCCAGCAGCUGCCGGGCUCCCCGACCUUCACCGUCAACGUUGCCUCUAGCCGCUUUCGCGACAUUGUCAGCGGUCAUGCAGUGCGUGGUCGUCCCCUGUGUCCGGCCUCCAUGUACAUGGAAUGUGCCGUCAUGGCUCUGCAGUGCCAUCUUGGCCCUCGUUUCGACAAAGCCUGUGCUCUGUCCUUCGACAACCUCACCUUUGAGCAUCCUCUGGGCAUUGACUCAAGCUGCCAUGUGUCCAUCGUGUUGAGUGAGACUGCUGAGUCCGGACGGUGGGCGUUCCAGCUGCGUAGCUCAGCCUCAUCCGCCAACUCCCGUGUCUCUACACAUGGUCGUGGCAACGUCCGACUCGGCAACCCUGUCCAGCUGCACACUUUCAAACACCUCAUCGCCGAGUGCGUCGAACAAGUCACUAGCAAGCAUGGAACCGAGACUCUGCUGUCCAAACGCGCAUAUGGCUUGUUUUCACAGGUCGUCACCUACGCGCCCCUCAUGCGUGGCAUCCAAUCCAUCACCAUGGACGGCACUCGGGCCGUUGCCAGUAUCAAAGUUCCGUCCCCCCAUGUUGCCCUCGACGAGAGCUCUGCUAUUGCUCUCUGUGAUACAGUCUCGAUAGACACCUUUAUUCAGGUUGUGGGCCUCCUCAUCAAUAGUAGUGACGCCUGCAUCCCUGGUCAUGUGUUCGUCGCCACCGGCGUAGAGAGUGCCACGCUGUCUCAAGCCUGUGAUUUCACGGCCGCCGACACCUGGACUGUGUAUGCCGUCUUUAGGUCUACUAGCGACACAACGGCCACGGGCGACGUCUUUGUCAUGACUCCAGGAGGUGCCAUGGCGCUGACUGUCAUGGAUGUCAAAUUCACUCGACUGUCUAUCGCAACGCUAGAGAAGCUCCUCGACACAGCAAACUCUGGCCCUACUGCCAAAAAAGAAACUUCUUCCAACCGUAGUGCACCGACCGUCCCCAGCCGUCAUGCCUUGCCCGACCUUGAAGCAUACAGCUCCGCUGACAGCGAACAAGAGAUUGACACUCCCCCUAACGAGCACGAUGACAGCAGUCUGCGCAAGAUGAUCUCCAUGUACACAGGCGUGUCACUAGACUCCAUCGCCACACAGGCCAGCAUGGCGGAUUUAGGCGUCGACUCACUUGCCGCUGUCGAGUUCGCUGAGGAUAUACGCUCGCAAUUCGGAAAGGACAUCGAGUCCAUGGACCUCCUUCAAAGCGAUCUUGCUGCCCUGUCCCAACUUUGCCUGGCUGCGACGCCCAAACCACUGCUAAAAAAGAAGUUGGUCAAAGCCACUGUCGUCCAGACGGAUCGUGCUGUUCCCGCGCCUGAACCCAUCAUCGACCGUGGUCGAGAUCGCCUCGUACAGAUUGUUUCCGACGCUUGUGGCGCCCCUGCUUUGGAUAUCAAAGACUCGCAUACCCUACGCGACCUGGGAGUUGAUUCUCUGGCGUCGGUGGAGCUGAGCAGUGACCUGGAGAAUGCUUUCUCUAUUCACAUCGAUGACAAUGAUUUGCAUCUUGACUCUACCAUCGCCGAUAUCAUUGAUCAUCUCGGGAUCAAGAGCUCUACGCCAAGUCCCAGCCCAGCACAGACAAUAGAGCCUUACUCUCGAGUUAAGCCAGCCGCGGCAGCCUCGGCAGUAGCGGCAGUCGCCCCUCAAGGCGAGUCCAACACAACCCGUCAGCGCGUGCUCAAGAUUAUAUCCGAUGCAUGUGGCGCCCCUGUUGAGGCCAUGGGUGAUGACCAAUUGCUCCGCGACCUCGGCGUUGACUCGCUGGCAGCAAUGGAGCUUAAAAGCGACCUCGAAGAUGCAUUUGACGUCGAGCUGGAUGAAAGUCUACUUGAAUUGUCCAUCUCCGAGGUUGUCGAAGCUUGCGGCGGUACUCUUGUAGAGCAUGUCAGUGUACCCACAAUGACUAGCAUGGCGCCCGACAACUUGUCUCCGCCACCCAGAACCACCGGCGGCAAGUCCUCGCCAUUACCUGCUGACAUGGCAAGCCUAUUUGAAUCACUCGUCAUCAACGAGGGCGAUUGCACUGCCAAGGCGAGAAUAUGUGGGUUUCAAGAUUUCGGGGCUACGGUAGCUCCUCGACAAGAUGAGCUAAUGCUAGCCUAUAUCAUCGAGGCCUUUUCAGAGCUCGGCGUUGAUUUGGUUGCCUUGGAAGCGGGAGCCUUAUUACCACCACUGGUCUAUCGACGCAAGCACGCUUACGGUCGACUCAUGCAGAGAAUAUGGGUAAUCCUAGGCAAACAUGACAUCGUGAAGACGAUUAGCACGUCGCAUCGCGUGAGAGGAUCUGCCAAGUGUCCGCAGAGCACUUCGGCCACGCUUCUUUCAAAGAUGCGACACGACUUCCCAGCAUACCAAUGCGAAUUCUCCUUGCUGAGCAUGACUGGAUCACAGCUUGGGCAGUGUCUCGCUGGAAAGCAGGAUCCAAUUGCCCUCAUGUUCAAGACGCAGGAAGCGCAAGCCAUCAUGGAAGACUUUUAUCUCACUUCACCCAUGCUUGCCACAGCCACAGAGAUGCUUGUAGACACCGUUGUGGAUGCCGUCUCCAGGUCCAACGUGAACAAUCCCAUCAACAUCUUGGAGAUUGGCGCGGGCUUUGGCGGAACAACAAGGAAGCUUGUGAAGCGCCUGGAUAUCUUGAGCCGGUCUAUCAACUACACCUUCACCGACAUCUCACCAACACUUGUUAGUCGUGCGCUUAAGAGUUUUGCGGGCCAAUAUCCAUGGUUGCAAUUCCAAACGUGGAACAUGGAACUUGCGCCUCCCAGCGCUCUCUCUGCAACAGGGCUUUUCGACAUCAUCAUCGGUACCAACUGUGUUCACGCUACUAAAGAUCGAACCGCCACGCUCGGACGGCUGAAGAAUUUGCUCCACCCUACAGGCUAUGUCAUUCUUUCUGAAGUGACCGAGAUCGUGGACUGGUACGACAUAACCUAUGGUCUGCUGGACAGCUGGUGGGCCGACAAAGAUGGCCAUUACCCCCUCCAGUCGGUUGAAUCUUGGAUGGCAUGUUUCAAGAAUGCUGGAUUCCCCGUUGCGUCGUAUUCGCAGGGUUCUAGUGCUGAUCUCAACACACAGAGGUUGCUCAUUGCCAGCAUGCGAAAAGAUGUUGAAGCGCCAAAACGCGCACCACCACGACCGGCGUUGGAGACCUUUGUUUACCACACUGUUGACGGCGUGGACAUUCAUGCCGACGUUUCUUUUCCAAAGUCACCCCCCGUCAACGCCAUGCCUAUUGCUCUCAUGAUCCACGGUGGCGGCCAUAUGACGCUUUCUCGCAAAGCGGUACGCCCAUAUCAGACCAGCUUUCUCCUCGAUAAUGGCAUUCUCCCCGUGAGCAUAGACUAUCGACUCUGCCCUGAGGUCAACUUGAUCGAUGGUCCUAUUGCCGACACUCUGGAUGCCUACAAGUGGAUCACAAACGUAUUACCUGAGCUGUCACGAGAAAGAGGUAUUGUAGUUGACGCUGAGCGGGUUGUUGUCAUCGGUUGGUCGUCUGGAGGUCAGCUUGCGAUGACGACGGCGUGGACCACCAAGUCUGCGGGCAUGAAGCCUCCCCUUGCAAUUCUCAGCUUCUAUGGACCCACAGACUUUGAAUCAGGGGACUUGGAUAAGCGUCGAGCGGAGGAGUACCCAGAGAGAACGAUGAAGAUGAAGGAGAUUAUCAAGGCACUACCGAAGAGACCAAUCACGCAAUACGAUGGAAACGGGACUGACACUACUGGUCUGGGCUGGGUUCGACCUGGAGACCCACGCUCCGAACUUGUCCUAUCGUUGUUCAAAGAAGGUGGCGGCCUCUCCCUUCUCUUGAACGGCCUACCUAGACUCGACGACGAGGAGGAGUCAUCCGACGAAGAGAUCUCAGAUGACUCUGAUGACAACUCCUCAGACGACAUCUCCGACGCCGACAGGUAUUUCCGCGCUCCUGACGCCGAACGCAUCGCAUUCAUCAGCCCGCUCGCCCAGCUGCGUCGGGGUAACUACAUGGUCCCCACUUUCGUCAUCCACGGAACCAGGGACGAGAUCGUGCCCUACCACACCGCUGUCGAUUUCGUUGACGCCCUGCGAGCAGCCCGUGUCGAGGCACACUUGCUCUCCGUUCAAGGUGCCAGGCACAUCCACGACGUGUCGCUCAAUGUGGGCUCGAAACUGUGGGACGAGACGGUGGCGCCGGGAUAUGAGUUCCUCUUGCGCCACCUGAGAUGCUGAAUUGCGAGUUGCGAGAUGGCAACGCAUACUAAGCGAUGUAAUCUAUGUAG